UGUGAGCAGAUCUCCUUCAGUGGUUUCACUUCCUGUUUGAAGUGCGACUGAGCUGCAGAAGUCUGAGCAGAGCAGAAGCUGUCUCCAUCAGACCACCACCGAACUGCAAGAGCAGGAACUGCAUCAGUAUUAUGGCCUGUCAGAGGCUGAACGUCUGGACAGCGCUGCUGCUGCUGCUCUCGGUGUACGCCGCCUGGGUCGCCUCCCAGCCGCCCUGCAGUGGAGGCCCCCCUGGUAUUCCAGGGAUACCCGGAACCCAUGGACCAAACGGCAAGCAAGGUCCUAAAGGAGAGAAGGGCGAUCCAGGUGAAGCUGAUCAGUCAAUCAGGGGCCAGAAAGGGGACCCUGGUGAAAAAGGCCCCCCGGGACGUGCUGGAUGGAAGGGCGACAAUGGUAUAGUGGGGCCGCCUGGGCCUCGGGGCCAUGGAGGAGAGAAGGGGAGGCCCUUCAACCCGUCAGACAAGCAGAAAUCUUUCUUCUCCUAUAACAUGGUGCAGCAGAAACCAAACUCGGACACGCCCAUCAACUUCAACAGACCCAUGGUUCCUGACCUGAAGCCUCAGUUUCAAGGACAGAACCUGACAGAAGGCGUCUUCACCUGCGCCAUCAACGGCGUGUAUUUCUUCAGUUACCACGUCUCAGUAAAGAGCAGAGUGUGCCUGAAGCUGGUCAAGGGCAGCGACACUCAGCUGAUGAUGUGCGACACAUAUGAGGGGUUUCUGGUAACCUCCGGAACCGCCAUCCUGGAGCUGCAGGCCGGAGACGCCGUCUCCCUGCAGGCCACCAGACACAACAACAUCGUGCCGAUCCAGAGCAGCUCCACCUUCACCGGCUUCCUGAUCUUCCCCACCGCCUGAACGGACCCGGGCCGGCUUUCAACCUUUCUGGGACAUUUAGUUAACGUCUUUUAUAAAAACUGAAGUUUGUUUCUGAGACUAAAACUGCAAAAGCUAACCCGUUAGCUGAUUCCAAGUGUUGAGAACAUCAACGGUUCAAUAAAGACUACAGACCUAAACA